CCUCAGGCUGCAACCCCACCGCCCCACACCCGACAUCAUCUUCUCCUUCUUUUGUCCUUCUUUCAUUCUUCUUCUUUCUCCUCCCGUAUAACUUCUUUGUUGUGGUCCCCACUCUCUCUAUAUAUCUCUCCCAUCUUCUCUCGUACCCGACACAGCCAAGUGCAUCAAGAAUGGCACCCAAAAACAACGCCAAGGGCGGCGACAAGAAGGGCAAGGGCAAGGACGAAGGGAGCUCCGAUAAAGGGAAGGGGUUGAAGCCAGCCAGCUCGAUCAACGUGCGGCACAUUCUUUGCGAAAAAUUCUCCAAAAAAGAAGAAGCCCUCGAGAAGCUCCGCAACGGCUCCAAAUUCGACGAAGUCGCGAGGGAGUUCUCCGAGGACAAAGCCAGACAGGGCGGCUCUCUUGGGUGGAAAACCCGCGGUAGUCUGGACUCGACGUUCGAGAAAGCUGCGUUCGACCUGGAGCCCAGCACGACGGCGAAUCCUACGUACGCGGAUGUGAAGACUGGGUUUGGGUAUCAUAUUAUUAUGGUUGAGGGGAGGAAGUGAUCUUUUAAUCUUAUCUUUUCUUAUCUUUUUUUGUUUCUUCAAAGCUGUUUCUUCGGUCAGUGCUGUGUGAUGUCUGAUGUGUAGUAUGUGUGAUGUGUGGUCUGUGUGUGUCUGUUUGAUUGUCUCGUGUGAUACCUCCUCGGCUAUUUCUUUCUUUCUCUGUCUAUAUCUUUGUUUGUCUUGCUUCUUCUCUUGGACGCCCAGGACCGACCCUAGGAGAGUAAAUGUUGAUCAGACUACUACCGAUGAAAUAAACGAAAAUGAUAAUGCGAGCCCAAAA